AUGAGUCAACAAAAUUCAAACCCUGUAAUUCCGGCACCUUUCCGUGGUCUUCGAGUGCUUUUGGUUGAUAAGGAGACAACAUCUUUGUUAAGCAUGGCCACAGAGUUGGAACUUUAUUCCUAUCGAGUUACCACCACGGAACUAACUACAGUGGCUCUGUCAAUUCUCCGAGACCGAAAAGAUAGCUUCGAUCUUAUCAUGGCCGACACAAACAUGCCAGAAAAGGACUGCUUCAACUUCAUCAAAUGCGUACGACGUAUUAAGGAUUUUCCCAUCAUAUUGAUGUCAUCAGAACUAAACAAGGACAUGGUUAAGGAGGCCAUGACAAAGGGAGCUUGCUUCUGUCUGGAAAAACCAAUUUCAUCGAAAAAUCUCAAAAACGUAUGGCAGCACGUUUGCAGAAUGGUCGCACAACAAAAAAACAUGGUUAAAACGGGAACAAAUAGUAAUAAUCCUGAACAAGCAAAUUCAAAAGGGGAUAAGGUCUUGGAAAAUGACAGCAAUGCCCCCAACAUAGUUGAUCAGACGACAUUGCAAGAAUAUGGAAGUCAGAAAUUAACAGGAAUGCGCAAGAAAAGGUCAGCUUUGUCAAGAGAAAAUGAUGAGCCACGAGAUUUAAAGAGGGCAAGAACAGAGAACGAAUGUGGUGAGCAUGCAAGUGCUAAACCCAAUAAUUUGCAAAAGCUUAAGUCGUUAUCAGUAAAUGUGAGGGAAAUUGAAGAUAAAGGAGACGAGGUUCUUAAAAAGCAUGGUCACCUUAAGUUGAAGGGAGUUAUUGAUGCAAAAGGAAAAAGAAGUAGAAAUAUACGAAUUCAGGUAGAUCACGAAGACAACCCUGGAGAUUUAAUCUAG